UCCGUCCGGACGGCAGCAGCCAGGAAGUAGCGCACCGAGCCUAACACACACCGUCACUAGACAGUCACGUUUCUUUAUUUUGAUGUAUCCAGUCUCACUGACACACUAACAUCGGGCUCCGCGCACUUGGUGAGUUCGUGUCGAUACACCGAGAGGGCGCAGCUUUAAGGGUGAGGGUUUCCCGGCGGAGCAGCCUCCAUGGCCGACGGUCAAGACGCUGAUGUUGACGACCCACCCAGUAUCAACCUGCCUCCGCUCAUCACGGUGUCGGAUCUGCCCGGGGCAACGGCUGCAGGCCGUAACCUGAAGGAAUGGCUGCAGGAACAGUUCUGCGACAAGCCUCUGGAGCAAGAUGACAUGCGGCUCCACAAUGCGGCCUACGUCGGAGAUCUGGACACCCUGAGGAACCUGCUGCAGGAAGACAGCUUCAGGAGGCGUAUCAAUGAGAAGUCGGUGUGGUGCUGCGGCUGCCUGCCCUGCACCCCUCUGCGGAUUGCAGCCACAGCCGGCCAUGCUGCCUGCGUAGCCUAUCUGAUUGCCCAGGGAGCUGAGGUCGACCUAGUUGAUGUCAAAGGCCAGACGGCCCUCUAUGUAGCCGUAGUCAACGGUCACCUGGACUGUGUCCGCAUCCUCCUGGAAGCUGGAGCCGACCCUAAUGGAAGCAGACACCACCGCAGCACCCCGCUCUACCACGCUGCACGGGUGGGAAGACUGGACAUACUGCAGGAACUCAUCAGGUUCCAUGCAGACGUCGACAUGGACCACCAGCUGGGUCCUCGGCUCCUCUUAAGUGCCCGCACCCUCAACACCCUCGUGGUGUGCCCACUUUACAUCAGUGCUGCCUACCACCACCUCCACUGCUUCCGACUGCUGCUCCAGGCUGGAGCUCAGCCCGACUUCAACUACACAGGACCAGUUUGCCGUGAGGUUCUGACCCGUGGCCUGGCCUCUUGUCUGCUGGAUGCCGUGCUGCGCCAUGGAUGCGAGGCAGCCUUUGUCCACCUGCUGCUAGACCAUGGGGCUGACCCGGCGCUGGUGCCCUGGGACCAGUCAGAGCUGGAGACGGCCAGCCGGAGGAAGGUGGAUCCGGAGGCACUCACGGUCUUUCUGGAGGCCCGGAGACGUCCUCGUAGACUGACCCACCUGUGUCGCAUCAGGAUCCGUAGAGCUAUGGGCAAACAUCGUCUGAACCACAUCCCCUCUCUACCACUACCACAACCCGUCAAGAACUUCCUUCUCCACCUCGACUGACAACUCCACCUCCUCUUUGUUCUCAGGGCUCAAAUUUGAGCCCAGGCAAAACUGAACAUGAUAAAAAAUAACUGUCAAACACCAAAACAAACCCUGGGAUACAGCUUUUUAAGAGCUCAAGCUGCUCAUUGCUAUUUUUCUAAUAAUGAAUAGUUAAUGAAUAAUGAAACCACCCCAAACUGAAUUGGUAAAACAUGUAACCCUACAGAUCUGUAAUCUGGGUUUGGGUAACUCUGUGUAUCCCAGUUAUCGCUAUUGGCUGUACUAUGAUCGUCACUCCCCAAAUAACUGUGAGGUGCUCCUGCAGAUAGCACCUUACAGCUGCAUAGCACAGUGAGAAUGCCAUUUGGGUAACACUUUAUAAUAACCAUCAUUAAUAAAUGGAAUUGGUUAAUUACACCUUCGUUAAUAGUUUUUAACCCUAACCCUAACACACACCAACAAGCACAGUAUAAUACAAAUGCAUGAGUGAGGUGACACACACAGGAGGAAAGUAACUAAGUGCAUUUACUCAAACAUCAUACUUGAGUCCAGUUUUGAGGCACUUAACUUGAGUAUCUCUGUUUUGUACCAAUUUACACCUUUCCUGCGGUACAUUUCAGAGUGAAAUACUGCACUAUAUACUGAACUACAUUUAUCUGAUAACAAAAUAGCAUAAAUUAUAGCAUUACUAAGUUUAAUUAAUCUGUUUACCAUGUAUUAAUGAUGGUUAUUUUGUUUUGAAGCUCUGACAAGCAGCAUAUUAAAUAUCAUUAUAUCAGAGGCAGAGCAACUUUUCCUGGAUCCAGCCCGUUGAAUGGCUAAUUAUUUGUUGUAUUUAAACUUGUCGCCACAUUGCAGUGAAAAAAGUGCAGCAGUUGAGUUUUCCGGAAAUCCAGUGAUCGUUGAUAAUAAUACAACUGUCAAAACAGCGUUCAGAUAAGUUUUAAUUUAUCUCGUGAAUCUUACAGUUGUGGUGGUUUUCACACGAGACUGUCCUCCUAACAGGCAGUUUCACAGCGCUGACAUUGAGCACUUUGAUAAGACUCACAUUUUGAGGGCUGGACCGUGGGCUGAAAAGCAUGUAGUGUUGCUGUGUGUUUACAUGUGGCCCAAGGAGUGAUGGAUUGCUGCUGCGUAACAAGCCUUAACUUUAACUUUAGCGAAAAGGCCACAAAGAUUGUCACACCCCGACUGCUGAAGUGUGAAUUUCAAGGCGUAAUUAAAGAGGGACAACACAAAACAAGCCUGAGCAAGAAAUUUAAGGUCCUGGAUCCUGACCAAAAAAAAAAAAAAAAAAAAGAAAAGAAAAGAAAAGAAAAGAAAAAACAAAUAUUAAAAUAAGUAAAGUUUACAUUUUGUGUCCAAUAUUUAGGAAUGCAGAUGUUGGCAUCAACAAGGAACAUUUUUAGAAGGAUUAUUAAAGGGAAAUUGUUGAGACACUAUAUUUAACACUGACAAUCUGUUAAAAAAUCAAUGAAGUUUGUUCAUGAUAAAUAGAAUUACUUUCUAUUUAUUUGUAUUUAAACAGCUGCUUUCUCUGUCAGCACAUUGCUUUUCUUUUAGUAUGUUAAUGGUGCUUUUACUGUUGUACUGAAGUGUCUGUUCACUUUGCUUUGUAUCUCAUCGUUUCUUGCAUAAAUGUGCAAUAAUUAUAUAUUCA